GCUGCGCUUGCCUGCCGUUCAUCUAAGUACCUUCCAGCAGGUUAAUGCCCUACCACUUCGCCACUGAGCGACCUCCUACCUCGGCCCCUUCAUGCCUUUGCCCCUCAAGAUCGAGCUGGAAACUUGGGCAGACGCUCUGCGAGCCUACGAUGCUCAAGACUACGAGGGAGCGCUUGAGCUGUUUCUUCGCAUCGCCCAGUCGUCCAAAGUAUUCACGAACAUGGGCCUCAUCUAUGCUGCCAUCGGUCGUCACGAGGCCGCCAUAGAGCAGUAUGCAGCCGCGACUGCUCUUGACCCUUACCUUGCAAUUGCUUAUUUUCAAUCCGGCGUGUCCAACUUCGCACUCGCACGUUACGACUUCGCGCUCCGUGAUUUCGAAGACACCUUUCUGUACCUUCGCGGGAACCGGGAGAUAGAUUAUAAACAGCUCGGGCUUGGUUUCAAACUCUUCUCCUGUGAAGUCCUUUUCAAUCGCGGACUCGCGAAACUCUGCAUCGGAGCUAAACAAGACGGACUCUCGGACCUUCGCGAUGCUGCUAGGAGCAAGGUCGUAGCUAAACAUGCUAUCAUCGAUGAAGCCGUUCGCAAUGGUAGCGAAGGCCAUGCAGUUUUUGCCGUGCCUAUUGGCACAAUAUACAGGCCCUCGCAGGUCCAGCUGGCGAAUUCGACGACUAAGGAUUAUAUAGGCGAGGCUGAACUUAUCGCUGCGGCAGAGACAAAGGACGCGUGCACCGAGUUCUCAGGCAUCCAACGCAUGAAAACCGUGCAGGGUGAGGAAGGCUCAUCCCUCGGACGCUCUUUGACUAUGCCUACCACCUGGGCUGAGCCCUCGCACGCAACGUCUACGUCGCCCGCACCUCGUUUACAUAACGGUAUUUCCGCUGGCGGGAUACUCAACCUGUUAAUGCCUUCUCCAAAUAUACCACAAUCAAGGGUAGUCGCCACCCCACAUACCCGCAAAACGGAUCUGAGCCGCGGAAUGAGUGCAAGAAAAGCCUCCUCUCCACAGCUUGCAAGCCCAAUUGCCCGACGUCAACGUCAGCUGCAGAAGCCCAAGCCGCUAGUGCUCCCAGCUCCCAAUGUUCCCUCAUCCCAUCAACCCGAGUCAUCACCCAAUCAUCAAUACUUCUUGGACGAUUACCUCAAUACCUUCAAUGAACUAUCCGAUGAUUUACGCGAGUUUAUUCUCGAGCCGGCCUCAACGCACGAACCGCACGAUUCUAGCUCAAAUGAUGACGUCAACUUGGCGGAAAACCACACUCGACCUCGAUACUUCGAUGAUCCCCACUCGCAACGUAAAGUAUCACCUGUUCAAACACAGGGUUUAGUCUUACCCAGUAGUGCUACUCUCACUCAACCAUCAAGUCCGAGAAAGGUUGUGCGUCAACGUGAGCAGAGGGUGAUGCAUGAAGACGAGGAAGGAUAUGGGACAGGAUCAGACGAGGAGUGGCAGAUGAGCAUCAUCAAGACCAAACUGCACUAUCAAGGCGAUGUCCGCGGCAUGAUUAUCUCCCCGACGACACCGUGGCGUGAGUUUGUCACCCGUGUGACUUGCAAGUUCGGUACUAGCUCUUCGGGACUGAAGUUGAGGUUCAAGGAUGAGGACGGUGUUGAGGUGUCUUUAUAUGAUGACUCGGACUUUGCCCUAGCCAUUGCAACAGCGCACGCAGUCGCUCUUGGAAGGCGAGAGGGCCGACUUGAAGUCUGGUGCACAGAUAUUUAACUAGCCUUAGUCACUGCUCGUUCUUAUUUGUUUG